AUGAGCAUGCUUAGGACCACCGUCGUCGCCACUGUGCGUCGUUCAGUCGCAGCUCCAGCUUGUAGGACGCGUAGCGUGUCCCAGUCCGCCAAUGUACUUGCUCCCAGGUUCUAUUCUAGUGGGUCGAGCAUACACGACAAUGACCCAGAGCUACUAGAAGCUGAGAAGCAAAAGAACCUCAAGGGUCUUCAAAACGACACGUCUGCUCCGCAUAAACACGCACCAGGCUGGAAUGAAUAUCUCGCCACUACGUCCGAGGCGUACACAAAGGCGGACAAGUCGGAUGCACCCAUCAACGAGAUUCAAUCUACCACGGUUGAGUGGGUCAAAAAACGCCACCCUCCAGCCGGCGGAGACGCCACGGAGACGGUGGUAGAGAAAGUCAGCGACAUGGCCGAGGGAAUGAAAGAGGCCGCGCUGCAAGCAAAAGACACUAUCCUGGGUCCACUAGCAUCUGCAGGAAAGGGGGCAGUAUCUUCCUCGGAGGACCAUUCACACCGUGGAGAGCGAGCAGCCAAGGCAAAACGUGAAGGAAAUGACCAUACAGGGAGCGAAGCAGCAGUAAAAGCGGACCGGGGUGAUCUCUAA